AUGGAUUCACCCGUGGCCUUGGAUUUUCCAACGGAGAGUAAAGAGAAGCAUGAGCGCCAUUUAAGGAUUGUCUUUUGGUUACUGAGAGAGAAAGACCUUUUUGCCAUAUUUUUGAAAUGUGAGUUCUGGCUUGAUUCAGUGGCAUUAUUGGGCCAUGUGGUGUCAAUGGACGGGAUCAUGGUUGAUCCCAAGAAUAUUGAGGCCGUUAAAGAUUGGGUGAGACCCACUACUGUGACAGAGAUUCAUAGCUUUGUUGGUUUGGCUAGUUACUUCUGUCGGUUCGUGAAAGGGUUUGUUUCAAUUGCUUCUCACCUGACCAGAUUGACUCAGAAGGAAGUUCCUUUCUGGUGGUCCAAUUCUUGUGAAGAGAAAUUCCAAAAAAUUAAGACCUUAUUGACCACGACCUCGAUUUUGGCACUACUCGUGGAGGGUAAGGAUUUCUCCAGUUAUUGUAGUGCGUCCUGUGUUGAUGUGGACACUAUGUUGAUGUAA